AUGACAGAACUGAUCCAGUCUAUUAAAAACCUCAUGGAAUGUGAAGAAGAUGGACUUGAAAUCCUUGGCAGAGUGACAGGGGAUGGGGCCGGCGCGGGGGAGGAGGUGGUGCAGAUCCGGCUGGGGGACAAGUGCUACCCGGUGUGCAAGAGGAAGCUCAUCGAGCAAAGCGACUACUUCCGCGCCCUGUACCGCUCGGGCAUGCGGGAGGCAGGGCAAGGCCAGGAGGAGCAGCUGCUGCGUGGGGGGCUGAGCGCUCUGGGGCUGGAGCUGGUGCUGGACUUCAUCAACACCUCCUGCCUGGCCAGGCUGGAGCAGGAGGAGGGGGGUGAUGAGGAGCCCCCUUUGCUGGAGGAGCUGGUGGAGGCCGCUUCCUACCUGCAGGUCACUCCCUUGCUCCGCCUGCUCCUCUCCCAGGUGAGGCUGGGCAAUUGCUUGGAGCUGCACCGCCUGGCUCAGGUCUACGGUCUCCAGGACUUGCACGAUGCCUGUCUAGACUUCAUGGCUGCCCAUUACCAUCAGGUGCUGCGGAGGCCUGAUGCUCGGCCACAUCUCCUUCUGCCCCAUGCUCUCCAGCAACACUUGAGGGAGAGGCGGAUGAAGGGCACUGCUACCCUUGUGGCCAUCGGGGACUUCAUGGGCGCCUCCUCCCUGGGCCUGCCUCCGGGCUGUCACCCUCAGGUGGAAGCUCCCUGGUCAAUGCUGAGGUACGAUGAGGAAGCCCAGAGGUGGCUGCCCCUAGCCAACAAUAUGCCCCCUGAUCUGGUGAACGUCCGAGGCUAUGGGUCGGCGAUGCUGGACAACUACCUGUUCAUUGUCGGGGGUUACCGGAUCACCAGCCAGGAGAUUUCGGCUGCCCAUUGUUACAACCCUUGCCUAAACGAAUGGAGUCAGCUGGCUUCAAUGAACCAGAAGAGGUCCAACUUUAAGCUUCUGGCUGUAAACGGAAAGCUCUAUGCCAUCGGUGGUCAAUCCCUUUCCAAUGUGGAGUGUUAUAAUCCAGAACACGACUGGUGGAAUUUCGUAGCAUCCAUGCCAAACCCUCUCGCAGAAUUCUCAGCUUGUGAGUGCAAGGGCAAGAUCUAUGUUAUCGGAGGAUACACGACACGAGACAGGAAUAUGAACAUUUUGCAGUACUGUCCCACUUCUGAUUCCUGGACUAACUUUGAACUGUGUGAUGUCCAUGUUCGCAAACAACAGAUGCUCUCUGUUGAAGAAACUAUAUACCUGGUAGGAGGUUGUAUUCAUGAACUUGGACCAAACCAAAAAUCCAGCCAAAGUGAGGACGUGUUAACUGUGCAGUCUUACAACAUUGCUACCAAAGAAUGGCUCUUCCUCAAAGAGAACACAUCAAAAUCAGGUCUUAACUUGACUUGCACUCUCCACAAUGAUGGAGUUUAUAUAAUGAGUAGGGAUAUUACAUUAUUUACAAGCUUGGAGCACCGGGUUUUUCUUAAGUAUAAUAUAUUUACGGACAGUUGGGAGUCACUAAGACGCUUUCCAGCCUUUGGACAAAACAUGCUAAUCUGUUCUAUGUAUUUGCCUGAUGUGCGAGAAGUGUAACUGCAUCAGGUUUUUCUUCUCGGGUCAUUAAUCAUUCUUGUAAGAAAUAUUGCUCCCUCUAAAUAACUCCAGUUUCAGAAUGUAAUGUGGUUGCAUAAUGUAGGCAUUAAACUAUAGAUUCUGUUCUUCAAAAUAUUGCAAAAUCAAGUAUCAAGAGAAAUGCUUCCAGAACCAUUUUUAAGGUUACAAUCUAAAAAUGUUAUUGUUUUGGAUUUAAAAGUCAGCAAGAAUUGUUUGCAAUCUAAAUAUAACGUUAUUGUGUUGGUAAUUGAUCAUGGACUUCCAAAAGCAAAACUGAUCAGUCUAGUUUUAUUCUCCAUGUUAAUAGACGGUUUAGAAGAUAAAUAAGGAGUAUGCAUGGUGAAAGUGAAAAUAGUUUAAUAGCGUAAAUAAUGAUACAUCUAAGAGAAACCACAAAGGGCAUGAAUUAUUCUAAGACACAGUUUUUACUCAAACGGUGUCCUGUUAAAUGCACAAUAUUUAAGAUUGUUUAUACUCUUAUAAUAUUAUAUAUCUCUUCUACAGGAACAGGUGAGAUUUUCAGAGAUGUCAGCAAUUGGGGUACCACUGAGAAACAUGAAAUUCUGCUGAAUUAUUUGUGAUGAAAUGCUUUGGCAGGGGUUGGGAAGAUUUGCCUGGAGGUUGAAGGUUGCUGGUUGGGUAUUAGCUGAUCCUUUAAUGGAAAUUGGUAGCAUUUAUUCCUGCCACUAGCGUAGAACUAAAAAGACUGUAAAAUCAGAUGGGAAGGUUUGCUGAUCUUCAGAAGGGUUUUGUGUUUUAGUUAGUUGUCCUGUUAGAGAAAAAAGGAAGCAGAUGUUGGCAACAAGAUGUGUGUUAGGAAACUAUGUGUGAACCACCACCGCGGCUGCAUAGGCAAGCUCUGCACCAAGCACAUCCAGCUUGAUAAUAGUCAUCUGGGACAAAACAGAAGACAGGAUCACUUAGUGUUUAAGGAACACAGCUGGGAUGCUGGUUCUACACCAGCAGUUUCUCCACGUGAGAAAGUAGAGAUUUAAUUCUCCCUAACAGGCUCUUAAUACACAUAGAUGCCUUUUUUAACCGGGGAUUCAGAAAUCUGAAUGUACAUGUUAGUGUUCAUUCUUUUGGAAACAUAAUGCCCUGAGCAGCUGCUGUAUUAUGACAACAGCAUAAGACCAAGCAAUGACACUUCUGCCAUGAAAAAGCAAGGUUACUUUCAUAAGAUUCUUAAGUGAUGUAUUUCUUAAAUGUUUAAUUUCAGAAGUGUCUUAGAGUAAAUGUUAGCAGUGUGCCUCUGUCUGAUGAUAAAUUAAUCCCAGUCACAUUGUGUUACUUGCUUCCGUUCAUUUCUUUUCAGUACCAGAUUCAGUACUCUGCAGUCAUCCAAAACUCACCUCAGACUGGUAUUGGUAGAGAGACUCUCAUCUGAGUUGCAGCCUUCCCUUGUGUAGCAAAUCAGCUGUGAAGAGCUGUCACUCACAGAUUUGCAGACUGAUAUAUCUAACCAAUUCCUUUAAACUCAGUAAUUUCUUAGUGCAGGUGGAAAUGCAAAAACUAUGACAUGGUGUUUUAGGUAUGAUCAUUCUUUUCACAAGAACCCCUUCCACACUGGGUUUAUGUAUGUGUUGGUUUCAGCUUCCUGUGAUCAAAUGACUGAUGUGAAAAUCUGGAGGAUGUGUGCAAAUGUAGAAGGGAAAGAUAGCUCAGACUGUAAAUAACAGGUGUGGUUUUGGGACCCUUACGUCAAUCAUCGGUACUGACACCUUCUACAAUCAGAGAUCAAAACAGUUGUUGAAUUCAGAGGUAGUACCAGGCUGUAGUAAUGCUAAGUUGACUGUAUUACAACAAGCUGAAAUAAAUAUUAAAUUAAAAAAAUA